UUUUUUUUAAAUUAUUACAGUUUAUAAUUAGCAGAAUGAAUUCCUCGAUAUUCAUACAUCUGUGGAUUUGUAUGUUGGUAUUCCUACCAUCAUGUUACAGAGGUCGAGCUCAGUUCUUUUUUAAAGAUGGUUUGAUGAUAAAUAAAACCGACUGGUACCUACAUCUAAAAACCAAAGAAAUAGCUCAUCAUAUUCAAAGAGCUGUCUACUAUAUGGAACAACUUUAUACGUAUGAAUAUAAUGAUAAUUCUAAGUUAAAUAUGGAUAUUGGAAGCCCGGAGUAUGGACUAUUGAUCGAAUCUCAGCUUUCCGAAGAACAUUAUUCAUUAUAUAGGCAUGCUCAAACUAUUUCUGAAUUUUCCACCUCUAUUAGCCAUAGAGAAUGUCGAGUUGGUGGAGCCCAAUGUGCCAUAGACUUAUCGAAAGUGAAACAAGACAAGACAUCUUUGGGUAAGUUUUGUUUGUCCUUGUAUUACAACAAAACUGCAUGCAUCGGGAUGAACUUAAAGUAUCGUAGUCCUGACGGUUCUUGUAACAACUUGAAACGUUGGUAUUCGGGAAAAGCAACCACGGCUUAUAAACGUUUGCUGUUUAAUAACUAUUGGGAUAGUUUUUAUGAAAUUAAUUUGUCGAAUGCUAUAACCAGUCCUAGAAGUCUGAGCGUUGCAUUUGUCAAAGACGAGCACUCACAAGAUGACUUCAAAACGAUGGCAAUGCCGUACUGGACAAUUUUUAUAGGCCAUGAUCUAUCUCACACGGCAAUGUCUAUAUUGAUGAAACGUAAUAAAUCGGUGAGCUGUUGUUCACAUGGCCGGAACGAGCUCUCUCCUUCGCACACGCAUGAGUUGUGCAUGCAAGUGAAGAUGUCGGGUGAAGAUCCAUUUUUCAGAAACAAUAUUCGUUGUAUGAACUACGUGCGUUCGGUGCCAGCAUUGAGUUCCGAUUGUACUUUUGGACCCAAGGAACAAAUGAACCAAGCUACUCAUUAUUUAGAUGGGUCGAUGAUAUACGGUUCGUCGGCGAAACGGACGUGGUCGUUGAGGACCAACUCGGGCGGCCAACUAUUGACAAGCAUGGCCUUAAAUAUCGAGAGCCAAAGCGACCCGGUACAGUCGCAGUAUAUGCCGCUGGAAGACACCGAAUCGAACGCCUGUCAGUAUGGCAGUGGUACUUGUUAUAGGGCAGGUGACAUCCGGGCAAACGCGCUUCCCCAACUGACGGUCAUGCACACAUUGUGGAUGAGGGAACACAACCGUUUGGCCAAACUUCUGUCACAAGUCAACCCGCACUGGGACGACGAACGAAUUUUUCAGGAGGCCAGGAAAAUCGUUACAGCAUCCAUACAGCACAUCACUUACGCCGAGUGGCUGCCAGCGCUGCUCGGGGAAAACUACACCAAGCGGAACGGGCUUGAACCGUCGACAAAAGGCUACAGUAAUGCGUACAAUGAGACCACCGACCCGAGCGUCAGCAACAGCUUUGCGACCGCAGUAUUACCGUUCGCUAAUUCCAUGGUUAGCGACACCAUAAGUUUAUAUACGGAAGGCCGAGUGAUUAACGCAAAUCUUUCGCUGAAGGAACAUUACAACCGACCAACUGGUUUACUAUUAAAUUACAUGGAUCAGCUUGUCAGAGGGCUAUCUACGCAGAAUACACAAAAAAUCGAUAUGCUAUUUACUCAAACGCUUACAAAUUACUUAAACAGUGUUCAUCCAAACAACUUGUUCGGAAUGGACAUUGUCAGCUUGGAUAUACAACGAAGCCGCGAUCAUGGUAUACCAAGCUACACAGAAUUUAGAAAAUAUUGUCGACUAAAAGCUAUAAGAAGUGUAAAAGAUUUAUCCCGGAUCAUGGUUGAAGGGUCAACUGAUAGACUAUUGAAACAAUACAAUCAUUGGAGAGAUAUAGAGCUAUUUGUAGGUUUAUUGUUUGAGAAACACGAAGACGACUCAAUGGUUGGCCCAACGAUGAGAUGUAUCAUUAGAGAACAGUUUAUAAGAACUAGAAUAGCAGAUAGAUAUUUUUACGAUUUACCGAAUAUAUUCAAUGAAUAUCAACUGACAGAAAUCAGAAAAGUGACGCUUGCCCAGAAUCUUUUGUGA